UUCCGAUCCUCCUGUCAUAGAUGGACCAUUCUUGACCAUGACGACUCCUGGCAAGGUGUCCAGAGCAUCUACAGACUCCAAGAGACGCAUCAUCUUCAUCCAUCCUGACCUCGGUAUCGGUGGUGCUGAGCGUCUCAUUGUCGACGCUGCUGUAGGCUUACAAGAGCAGGGGAACAAAGUCACCAUCUUCACUUCCCAUUGUGAUCCCCAGCAUUGCUUCGAGGAAGCUCGAGAUGAUUUGUGAGUAUAGGCACCUUAGAUGUCCGAGUUCGCGGCAACACCCUCUUCCCUCCCACUCUACUCAAUCGCUUCCACAUUCUUCUUGCCAUCCUCCGUCAGAUUCACCUUCUCCUCGCCAUUUCAGUUUUCAGCAAUGAGCUGGAUAAGCUGCAGCCGAAUGUCUUCGUGAUCGACCAACUCUCUGCCUGUGUUCCUCUGCUAAGAUGGUUAUACCCUUCUCGACAACGCACUCUGUUCUACUGCCACUUCCCUGAUCAGCUUCUUGCAGAUCGUCAGACAUCAGGCCUCCUUGGCGUAGCAAAGUCCAUAUACAGGCUGCCUUUUGACUGGCUGGAAGGCUGGAGCAUGAGCGCAAGUGACAAAGUUGUCGUAAAUUCCACAUUUACAAAGUCAGUGGCUGCUCGCACCUGGCCAGCUUUGGCAGGAUCGGUCGGGGUGAUAUAUCCUUGCGUCGACGUAUCAGAUGAAACAGGUCAGGCUGUUCCGCUGCAGAAGCCUCUUUGGGACGGCAAAUUCAAGAUCUUUCUCAGUAUAAACAGAUUUGAGCGCAAAAAGGAUAUAGCCCUGGCCAUUAGAGCUUAUCAUAAUUUAUCCUCAAAAGAACGUCGAGGAACACGGUUGGUAUUAGCUGGUGGGUACGAUCAGCGAGUGACCGAAAAUGUUCAGUACCACAAAGAACUAGUUGUGCUGGCUGAAAAAUUGGGAUUGUCAACAGCAACGACAAGAACAGCCCCUACAGCUUUGGCUAUUCCUGAUGACAUCCAAGUCUUGUUUCUGUUAUCUGUGCCCGGUCCAUUCAAGGAGACACUGCUCAACAAUGCGCAACUAUUGCUCUACACCCCUACAAAUGAGCACUUUGGCAUCGUGCCCGUAGAAGCGAUGCUUCAUGGAGUACCGGUCCUAGCCUCCAACACCGGAGGUCCCCUGGAGACCAUAGUCGAAGGGAAGACUGGUUGGUUGCGCGAUGUGUCCAGUCUUGAAGAUUGGACUGAAAUUAUGAGAACGGUCCGAACCAUGAGUUCAACGGACCUUCGUCAAAUCGGCCUGAACGGCAAGGCGAGAGUACGUGAGCAGUUCUCGCGGCCAAUAAUGGCGAGCAAAUUCAGUCUAGAGAUGGACCGGAUGCUCAAGGAGCAGAGGAGCAAAUUUUUGGAGCGAAAAGAUAUUGUACUUGGUCUCUGGCUUGUGUUGGCAUUCGCGGCAGCAUUGCUUGCGACCAUCAUCAAAGCCAGAUACGGUCGUGGAGAUAGACGAGUGACCGAGUUUGCACGCGCCAGGAGAAUGCAUUCUGACGGUGAAGAGGUGGUCAAAUUAUUUCCAGCUGCCGAGCCAUGAUUAGAC